UAACUCAACCAUGCAUUCAAGCCCUAAUGUGUGGACCUUAGGCACUGAAGAUUUUUCCUUGGAAAAUACACAAAUCUUUUUUUCAUCGGCUUCUUCUUAAGUACGUACGUACUCAAUUGUAGCUCACCAAUUCAUUAAAAAUGGCAGCUUCCAAUUUGUUCAAGCUAUCAUUUCUGUUGAGUCUUUUAUCGAAUUCGGAGUUGGGUUUUUGGCCGGAGACCUCAAAGAAUGUACUCACCUCAUCUCCUCCGUCGUGUAGCCGUAUCGAGUGUCCGGGCUAUGACGUCAUCCAUGCCGGCGAUGGCUAUGAAAUUCGCCGCUAUAAUUCACCGGUGUGGAUGACAACUUCUUCCAUUCAAGACAUUUCCUUCGUCGAUGCCACCAGAACUGGUUUCUUUCAGCUAUUUGAUUACAUUCAAGGGAAGAACUAUGACACCAAACAGAUUGAGAUGACAGCUCCGGUGAUCACCCAAGUCUCACCCAGUGAUGGGCCCUUCUGUGCGUCGUCAUUUGCUGUGAGCUUCUACGUCCCAAAAGUGAACCAACCUAAUCCACCUUUGGCAAAAGGUCUCCUCGCCCAAAAAUGGGGAACCACGUAUGCAGCAGUAAGACAGUUCAAUGGAUUUGUAAAAGACUCAGACGUUGGAGAAGAAGCUGCCGCGUUGGAAGCAAGUCUUGAAGGCUCUACUUGGUCAGCUGCCAUUGAAAAAAGCCGUGCAGCGGAUCCCACUACGAUUUAUACUGUCGCGCAAUACAAUUCCCCAUUCGAAUUUGAUAACAGAGUGAAUGAGAUAUGGAUGUUGUUUGAUAUGGAAGAUGAUCAGGCAAUGUGAGAUCAGAAGUAAGUUGAAAUACUAAUCACAUUAUGGUAUAACUUUUGAACUCUGUUGAUGACAAGACUCGAUAUAUGAGCUGGUUAAUAAGGCAGUAGUUAUUGUAUGAGAAUUAUAAAAGAUGGAAUGCCACAUAUCGAAUAACGUCCUCUCUGUAUUGCAAAUAUUGCAUGACUGGUAUGGUUCAAUGCUGUUCUUUAUCAAAUGUAUAUUUUGCAUUUCUUUUUC